CUGGUUUAAUAGAAAAUAAUCUUGUGUUUGGUGUGUUGUGUGGAUGGCUAACAGUUACAAACCCUGGUCAUGAAACCCUUAACCAGUUUGGUGACUGUAAAUGAAUCUGCAGAUGAAUUAGAGGCAGGGCGUUUCUGCAGAUAAUGUGACACAUGCAUGUGUUUGUGUGCUUGAGUUUCCUCAUCUGCAGAGAGAGACAUUAUAUCUCAGUGUGUCUUAUGUGCACAUCGUUAAGUGUUUGUCAGGAAGAUAAGACUGGAUUAUUAAGGACAUGUUAUACACUGAAAGCAUUCAAAAAUCUGGAGUUUGGCUGUUUGCACAUAACGUUUUCACAACUCACUGGGAAUGUCAGCAAAAUAUUCAUAAACAUAUUUUAUGUAGCUGGCCACAAAAAGACUGUAGUUUCUCAACUUUGUCCUAAAGGUUACGACUUGGUAAAUAACACUGAGUAAACAUGUUUAACCUGACCUGUUUAAUGUGGAGUAUUCACAUGCAUUUGGCUUAAUAAAUAGCGUGCAAUAGUUGCAUAAAUAUCUGCACGCCCCUAAAGUCAGGUUUUCAUUGCUAUUCUAACUAGAGCUUUUGUUGCAUGUGGGCGCUGGCAUCUGAUCCAUCCUGGCAUGUUGAGAUGUAGGUCAUGGAUGCUCUCAUGUCACGACGUGCCGCAGGAAGAGUUUCUUCACCAUCUCCACAUCAUCAGCUUAUGUACACGCUCCUCGUCUGUCAUGUGUUUCCCUCCACACCCGCUGAUCAAACAGCACAAUGACUGCGUUUCAUGUCCUCGCUCUUAUACUGUGUUUCUGUGCUGAUCAGGGUCUGCUGAGAGAUGAGGUGAAAGAGCUGAACUGAGGGAAAUCACACACAGAUCCACAGGCUGUCAGGAUGUUCCAGAGGAAGAAGAAGAAGAAGAGGAGGCUGGAGAUCUCCUCACCCAGGAACUUCGAGCACAGGGUGCACACGUCCUUCGACCCGGUGCAGGGCUGCUUCGUGGGUCUGCCGCCUCAAUGGCAAAGCCUCAUAGACACGCUCCGGAGACCCAAACCUGUGGUGGACCCCUCCAGCAUCACGCAGGUGCAGCUCAAACCUCAGAAGAGGAUCGUUCGCGGCAGUUUCAUCGGACACGAGGACUACAUUUCUGCGGCGAUCGCUCAGAUGAAUCGUCUCCCUGUUACAAGCUCAAACUCGUUGAGGAGAACAAGCCCGUCUUUAAGGAAAAGAGCCCAGUCUCUGGGCCGUCUGGGUGAGGUAGCCGAAGGAGAGACUUACGAAUAUCAGGAGCUCAAUGAGGCCAGUCGGAGGAAGGGGCGGGCAGGUGUUAACAGCUACACCGUAAACUCCACCGAGUCACGACCCAGAGCCAAGUCCAUGUUCAUGGCACAGCCGGUGCUGAUGCCCCGGGACAUUCUGCUCGCACCUAGAACCGCUCGUGAAGGGCCUGGUAUUGAUAAAAGAGAUGUAAAACCCAACCAGAGGCCCGUAUCGUGUCUCUACAACACCUACAGCGAAAACAAUGGAGUGAGACUGAACUCAGAUCAGCCCACGAUAGAAACGCCGAGGAGGCCUCAGUCCACAUACAACUUCAAGGCGAGUUUCCCAGCUAUUUCCAAACCCAACGGCACUAGCAGUCCUAAACCAGGCCUUGGAAUAACCAGCCAUCCCAACACACGGCGUUCCACCAGCGACAUGAUUUCUCCCCAUCAACCCCCUGCGACUCCAGCCUCGGUCGCUCUGACGCAGGACAGCCCGUCUCAGCCCAGACCCGCUCCGACCGGCUCGCCCGCGGCCCCCAGCGGAGCCUCGUCCCCCAGCCUCAGAGCGGCCCAGACGCCCGGCAGCGGCCCGGAGACGCCCGGAGUCACCCACCAGCAGUUCAGAGCCGCGCUGCAGAUGGUGGUGGACACCGGCGACCCUCGCUCGUAUCUGGAGAACUUCGUGAAGAUCGGCGAGGGCUCCACGGGCGUGGUGUGCAUCGCCCGAGAGAAGCACAGCGGCCGGCAGGUCGCCAUCAAGAUGAUGGACCUCAGGAAGCAGCAGAGGAGAGAACUGCUCUUCAAUGAAGUGGUUAUCAUGCGAGAUUACAGGCAUAAAAACGUGGUGGAGAUGUUCAAGAGUGCUUUGGUGGGUGAAGAGCUCUGGGUCAUCAUGGAGUACCUGCAGGGCGGCGCUCUGACCAACAUCGUCUCAGAAACCAGGCUAACAGAGGAGCAGAUUGCUACAGUGUGUGAAGCUGUUCUCCAGGCUCUCUGUUAUCUUCACGCUCAGGGCGUCAUUCACAGAGACAUCAAGAGCGACUCUAUCUUACUCACGCUGGACGGCCGGGUCAAACUGUCCGACUUUGGAUUCUGCGCUCAGAUCAGCAAAGACAUCCCGAAGAGAAAGUCGUUAGUCGGGACUCCGUAUUGGAUGGCGCCGGAGGUGGUUUCAAAGACGCCCUACGGCACUGAGGUGGACAUGUGGUCUCUGGGGAUCAUGGUGGUGGAGAUGAUCGAUGGAGAACCUCCGUAUUUCAGCGAGACGCCGAUAGCAGCGAUGAAGAGACUGCGAGACGAGCCGGCGCCGACCGCCAGAAACAUCAGCAGGAUCUCUCCCGUCCUGAGGGACUUUCUGGACUCGAUGUUGACGCGUGAUCCGCUGGAGCGAGCGAGCGCCAGAGAUCUGCUCCAGCAUCUCUUCAUGCUGCAGGCCGCUUCUCCUCGCUGUCUGGUGCCGCUGGUGGAGCAGUACCGCAAACGCAUGUCCCGCUGCUGACCUUUAGCACUUUAGAGACUAUGAACCUUCCCGAUCUGCUGGAAAAACCCUGAGCUGAAGAACCUCAUGGAGGAGGACAGGAGCGAUUCACUCCAAAACCAUCAUUCUAUCAGCCUUUAUUCCUCUUAUUCUAAUGCAUUUGCACAGAACCUUUGAUAUUACGUGUCCUGUGUAAUAUAGACUGUGCUGAUGGGUUUAUUAAAUCCAUCUGACGAUCGUUCACAAUGUAUGGAAGCCUGUUUCUGCUUUUGUGCUAGG